AUGAAAUUAAAGGUAUCAUGUCGUGUGAUGUUGAUCAAAUCUUUUGUGUUCCAUAGAAGUCAAAAAGUCAACCGAUCUACUGAUGAUUUCUUAUGUAUGCAAGAAGCUAGACAUGUUAAAAAUCUUAAAUUUAAAUUCCAAAGUAGUACAUGUAUGGUAGCAGCAUCAUCAUCAAAAAGCCAUUUAAAGAAGCAAGUUUUAUGUCAUGACUGUCAUUUAAGAGGUUCAGAAGAAUGUACAUAG